UAGCAGCCGAUCCGCCAAACGCUUGAGUAGCGCCAACACUCCUGGAUUUUGGGUGGGCUCUUUUAUCUGUGUGUAUGAACUGCAGUAGAUCAGUUUCUGUCAAAAUAUGUGUGCUCCUAUCAUCAUCCAAGUUUUGAACGUAGAUGCGUCCAUCGUAUUCUGAUUGGAUAAACUUCACAUUGUCACGAAUUCCAAGAUAAUCUGUCAGAGGCCUUUAGAAACUGGAUAGAGCAAUAAACUAAUUUAUUUGGGCGACCUUUCAAUCUUAUCACGUUAGUUCAAAGAUGUUUUCAGCCAUUCUUGAAAGAAUAAGGGCUUUAAUCAGACGACCACAAAGUGCUUAUGUCGAUUUUGAAGAAGAAUAUGGUGGUCGCGGAUAUUUUCUGCACUUAAAUAGGGGGGAAUCGGAUUGUGCAGAUUAUGAGGUCUUACCGGAGUCGGAGCGUAAUAUGUUUAAUUGUCGCAGUUGUAAGCCGAAACGGGUACCUUGCGGUUCGCUCUUGGCAUGUAACGUCUCCGGUUAUAGACAUUGUCUAAGCUGUGGCAGUUGCAGUUGUUUUCUAGUAAGAUUCGAACCAAUUUACUGGAAGAUUAAAGAUCGAAUGUAUUCGCCCGAAACUCUGACGUCGAUUCUCAACUCUGUUGGGGUGCCAGAAAAGUUACAGAAAUUCAUGAUUCCACGUGAUGGUGUUUUACCAAUAUUUCCAAAUGCUAUUGGCAGAUUUCCUAAUUUAUCUACCUUGAUUUUACGUGGGAACCAAAUAGAAGAACUGCCAGACAGCUUCAGUGACCUGAAGCAUCUAACAUUAUUGGAUCUCUCUCAUAAUAAGUUAAAAUCAAUUCCGCAAGCACUACUCUUUCUACGUUUGGAGAGACUGAUUCUGAAGAAUAACAGGAUUAAAAUCAUUUCUGUUGAUGUCUUGGAGAUGAUUUAUUUAGUAGAACUAAAUGUUGAGGGUAACCCCCUUACCACUCCAGACCCUUCUAUAUGUUCAAAAGGGGUUGAUGGAAUAUUUAAAUACCUAAGAGAAGUAUCUGGAAUGGUGCCACAGAUCGGAUCACAAUCAAGCGCCUAUAUGACUGUGAAUAUUAAGAAAGAUGUCAUGGAGACCAUAGAAUUUCAUCCUAGAAUAAUUGCUCAAAACGAAUAUGAUUGCAUUUUAAGUUCUAGAUUCUUUCCAGAAACACUUCAAGAACUUUGUAUUCGUGGUGUCAAAUGUCCCGCCAUUCCACUAUCAAUUAGUCGUUGUGUUAAUUUAAAAACGGCUGACUUUCACGAUAAUUGUAUCGUUAUGAUACCAAAAGAAAUAGUUCAUCUCCAGAAACUAGAAAUUCUAGAUCUUUCUAACAAUUCUAUAACCACCAUUCCGCCGUACGUCGGGUUUUUAAAAUCUCUUAAGCGAUUGAAUCUAGCCUCGAACAACAUGACUCAGUUACCACUCUCGUUCUUAAAUUUAACAAAACUUGAAGAUUUGGACGUGUCGGGAACCGACAUGACGUCACCACCAAUGGAGGUUUGUUCGUCAGGAAUAUCGGCCAUUUUAACUGAGCUGAGGCGUCUCCGUGCUUGUCGAAUUAAUACUUGUGCCGUGGUCACGCCCUACUAUGAAGAAUGUGACGACAAGUCAUUAAAGACCCUAUGUGUUCAUACUUUAUUAAAGUACAAGAUCAGUAUACCAACACAAAUGGAUCUAGCUCCGCCAUUUCUGAAAAGGCACAUGAUACAAGAAGUGGAGAAAAGAAGCGUUUUGAAAAUGCUGUCAUGCAAUGUUUGUCGGAAGAUUUUCUCAAGUGAAAUUUAUUUUAAAAUGCAUGAAUGUCACACAAGUUAUGACAUGGAUUUUGUACUGGGCGUAUUAAAUACCAGCAGCUAAUCUCGGAACACCUAAUACCACAAUCUUCUAUUAGAGGCAGGAGAGAGAGAGAGAGAGAGAGAGAGAGAGAGAGAGAGAGAGGACCUUAAACCCCUUUUCAUUUUCUAUAAUUUCGAAACACCUUGCUGUGAGAGAGAGAGGGAGAGAGAUAUGGGGAUCAACGUCCACUCGCUGAGAGAGAGAGAGAGAGAGAGAGAGAGGCAGAGAGAGAGAGAGAGGUUUAACGUCCACUCGACACAAACUAGGUCAUUUCGAGACUAACAUGUGGUUAAAUUAUAUUUCAAUAAUUCGCUUGCGCGUAGGGGUCUUUAGAAGUGGGAGGAAACCGGAGGACACGGAGAAAACUCGCGAGGUUGGACAGGCGACCCUACUCCUUGUCACAUACAACCGGGGAAUCAAAACCACGCCAGUUGACUCAAUGACAGACCGCAUGAUACAGCGCGCACGCGCUAACCAUUCGGCCACCCAACACUCAACCCCCAUCUUGUCAACACAAUUCUUACUAACAUAUUAUUGUUAUUAUUGUUUAUAUCGUCACGUGGGCAUGAAUAUGGAGGACGGUAUUUCCACAUACUCUUGAUUUUAAAAAGGAGGGGCGGGGCAGGGAGUAACCACCAAAUCUGUAUACAUCUACAUUUGUGCUGAUUUUCAAUUUUUGAUACGUAAAAGCAAUUAAUAAAUGUACCUUUGUUUUGGAGUAAAAGGUAAAAG